AUGGGUGCGGCUCCAGUCGAUGUUCUAAAGAUUGAUUUCACGGCCGGGUCUACCGAUCAAAAGGCAGACUCGGGUGCUUAUAUUGAUCUAGAGAGGAAGAGCCCGAAUACUUGGCCUGGUGUUGUGUUCUUCUCAUCAGGAGUUUCGGGCGCACCAAAGGGGGUAGUUCACAGUCGUCGUUAUCUCCAGCUUUGCCCUGAGGUUCCUCCUGAUGAUGUAGUGCUAGUUCAUCGACCUGCUAACUGGGCUGGGUGGUCAAUGAUUCUGCUCACAGCCAUCAUCCAAGGACGUAGAGCUGAGAUCAUCGAUCCGUCAGCUAGUCCAGGGAUAGUGUGGGAUCGACUUCGAGACAGCAAGGUGACCAUUCUAUCUUCUACAGUGUUCUUAUGGGAAGUUUUGGCACGGCACUUUCAAAAUGUUCUGCGAUUUCUUCCAUCUGAAGAGAAGAAAUCUUACUUGGAGGCUGUUCAGAGUCUACGAUCUGCAGCCGCCCUCGCGGUAUCGUACGGAAACACCGAGCUGGGCACGUUUGCCACUAUCCUCGACCCCAACAGUGAUAGCGGAUUAGAAAGAAGCAUCGGAAAGCAGGCAUCAGGUCUUCCCGUUAAACUUUCCGAGGGAACCAAAGGAGAAAUCAGAAUCAAAGGGCCGACAACAUUCUUAGGUUAUCUCAACAAUGAGAUUGAUUUCCAAGAUAUUUUUGAUGAGGAGGGUUUCUUGAAGACUGGCGAUAUCGCCCAUCAAGUAAGGGAUGAGUAUGUAUUCGAUGGUCGAAUUUCCAUGGACUUCAUCAAAACACCUGGUGGCCCAGUCCCUAUCUUACAAUUGGAGAGUUCAUUGAACAAGCUUCCCUCCGGCUACAUUGCCAAAAUUGUGUGA